AUGAAGGCAAAGUGGCGGUUAGCGGCAGCACCCUAUAAGGGUGGCCGGCUUUUUGGUGAGGCUCUUGAUCCUUAUCUGAUUGAAAACAAGGACAAGCACAAGAUUCUGGUCCAUCUGACAAGGAGAAUGGAGAGGAGAGCCUCUUCCUAUUCCCGCAGACCGUCCUUUCGAUCCGAUGCAGGCACAGAGCAAGGUUCCUUUUCUCGCCCCUAUCAGCCCAGCUCCCAGGGUACUGACAACACUCGCUGUGCACCUGAGAACAAUUCCUGUGCGCAUCCAAUGCUAUCUGGACGACAUUCUAAUCCAAUCCUAGUCAGUCCAGACAGCGCAGUCAGAUCUGGCACUGACUCUGACAACCCUUCAAGAACAUGGCUUCUCAGUGAACUUCCAAAAGAGUCAGACAGUUCCUUCGACCUGCCUCCUUCAUCUGGGAGUGAUCAUAGACACACAAAAAUGCAUGGUCCAUCUCUCUCGCAGCAUUCGAGCCCUGGUCAGGCUCAUCCGAAGGAAACGAACCAUGACACUGUCCAUACUCUCGCAAUUGCUAGGAAAGAUGGUGUCAUGCCUCGCAAUAGUACCUUAGGCACGGCUACACUCCAGAGAUCUGCAGUGGUUCCUGCUCCCGUUUCAGAAAAGGGGGAUAGGCUCCUCCAACCAAAGAGAAGCAUCAGAGAGAUUCGGCCACCCAGUGCUAGACCUGUUUGCCAGCCCCAAGAACGCCCAACUCCUGAGGUUCCUCUCCCAGUAUCCGGCAUCAGGGGCAGAGGGAGCGGAUGCACUCCGAGUCCAGUGGCUGAAAGGACUGCUGUAUGCAUUCCCACUGCUUCUUCUGAUACAAGCGACCAUCAGGAAGAUAUUGCAGGAACAAGCAGAGGUGAUACUCAUUGCACUGCACUGGCCAAGACAGCCUUGGUUUGCCGAUCUCAAACUGGUCAAGACAUAAUUGUUCUGGAAAGUGUUUGGGAAUUAUUGGAUGUUGCCAUUUCUUAUGUUCCUGAAGAAGAACUCAAAGCAGCAGAAAUUGAUGAAGAAAGCGGGGAGGAUGAUGGGUUGCCUCUGGACAUUCAAGAAACUGAGUACACGGGCCAUGAUGAAACAGAGAUCAAGGAGGCUCAAAGUUACCAGAAUUCUCCAGUCAGCACAGCAACAAAUCAAGAUGCAGGUUAUGGUUCACCAUUCAGUGAAAACAGUGACCAACUGGCCCAUUUCAAAAGCACUUCCUCUAAAGAAGAGAAAGAAGAUCACAAGUGCUUGGACAAUGCUUCCUACCCACAGGACAGCUUAGCACAGAUAAAAGCCGUGUAUGCAAAUUUACUGUCAGAAUCUUGUUGGUCUGGUUUAGCUUUAGAUUUAAAAAAAGCAAAGAAUAAUGAAAACAGCCAGAAAGAAAGCACCCCUAACAGCACCACUAGUAUCAGUACCCCAAAUACAAGUGCCAGUACCAGUACCAACACUACUACCACUACAAGCAUCAGUAGUACUAGUAACAGUAGCAGUGGCAGUUCAGGUUAUGACUGGCAUCAAGCGGCUUUGGCCAAAACUCUGCAACAGACCUCAUAUGGACUUCUACCAGAGCCCAGUCUGUUCAGCACAGUACAACUUUACCGGCAAAACAAUAAACUGUAUGGUUCUGUGUUCACUGGUGCCAGUAAAUUCCGGUGCAAAGACUGUAGCGCAGCGUAUGAUACACUGGUAGAGCUUACAGUGCACAUGAAUGAAACUGGACAUUACCGGGAUGACAACCAAGAUAAAGAAUCUGAAAAAACCAAACGGUGGUCAAAGCCCAGAAAGCGAUCACUUAUGGAAAUGGAAGGCAAAGAGGAUGCCCAGAAAGUACUAAAAUGCAUGUACUGUGGUCAUUCAUUUGAAUCUUUACAAGACUUAAGUGUCCAUAUGAUAAAAACAAAGCAUUACCAGAAAGUGCCUCUGAAGGAACCAGUACCAGCCAUCACCAAACUGGUGCCUUCUACCAAAAAACGAGCACUUCAGGACUUGGUUUCACCUUGCUCACCUGAGCCAACAGCAAUCACUUCAGAGACGACACUUAGUGAAGCAGCAAAGGAUCAGAAAACUGCCAAUCCAUAUGUAACGCCCAAUAAUCGCUAUGGCUAUCAAAAUGGUGCUAGCUACACUUGGCAGUUUGAGGCCCGCAAAGCUCAGAUAUUAAAAUGCAUGGAAUGUGGCAGUUCUCAUGACACUUUGCAGCAGCUGACUGCUCACAUGAUGGUCACAGGACAUUUUUUGAAAGUAACUAAUUCGGCCUCUAAGAAAGGAAAACAGCUAGUACUGGACCCUGUAGUUGAAGAAAAGAUACAGUCCAUACCUUUGCCACCUACCACUCAUACAAGAUUACCAGCUACAACUAUUAAAAAGCAGCCGGAUUCUCCUGCUGGAUCUACAACUUCUGAAGAAAAGAAGGAGCCAGAAAAAGAACAGGUGAUUGUUACUGAAACAGACAAAAAAAUUAAAGAAGAAAAUGAGGACUCUGCAGAAAAAUUUGAGCCAGUAGCUGUAUAUCAGUACCUCCGAGAAGAGGAUCUAGAUGAAAGUCCAAAAGGUGGAAUUGACAUAUUGAAAUCUCUGGAGAACACAGUAACCACAGCUAUAAGCAAAGCUCAAAAUGGAGCACCUUCCUGGGGAGGCUACCCUAGCAUUCAUGCAGCUUAUCAGCUUCCAGGAACCGUUAAAUCCCUUCAGCCAACUGUGCAAAGUGUUCAGAUUCAGCCAUCAUAUGCUAGCAGUGUAAAAUCAUUGUCUUCAGAACACAGUGCGCUAAUCCAUUCACCAGGCAAUCUGACACCCCCUCCUCAUAAAAGUAAUGUCUCUGCCAUGGAAGAGCUAGUAGAGAAGGUCACGGGCAAAAUCCAUAUUAAAAAAGAAGAAAAGCCUUCAGAGAAAGAAAAAUGUUCUCCAGUCAAGCCAUUGUCCCCUGCUCCUAAGGAAAGCAAAGACUUUCCAAAAUCAGAGGAAAGCAACAAACAACAACAACUACUACAUCAGCAGCCACAACAGCAAAAACAGAGUCCUGAGACUGAGGUUCAGAAGGUCAAAAAGGAUGUUCUAGCUGACCCGCAUGCACUUAAUGGUACUGAACCACCUAAAGCAAAAGUCACAAAUGGCUGUAAUAACUUAGGUAUCAUUACAGAUCAUUCACCAGAGCAAUCAUUCAUUAACCCACUGAGUGCUUUGCAGUCCAUCAUGAAUACCCACUUAGGAAAAGUCUCUAAUCCUGUAAGUCCUUCUUUGGAUCCUUUGGCCAUGUUAUAUAAAAUUAGUAACAGCAUGUUGGACAAACCCAUUUACCCUACAACUCCGGCCAAGCAAGCUGAGGCUAUUGACCGGUACUAUUACGAGAACAGCGAUCAGCCUAUUGAUUUAACAAAGUCUAAAACCAAACCACUGAUUUCCAGUGUGACUGAUUCUGUCUCAUCUCCUCUAAGAGAAAGUGCCCUAAUGGAUAUUUCUGACAUGGUAAAGAACCUCACAGGGCGCUUGACUCCCAAGUCUUCGACUCCAUCUUCUGUGUCAGAAAAAUCUGAUGCAGAUGGAAGUAGCUUUGAAGAAGCUUUGGACGAACUGUCUCCAGUACACAAGAGGAAGGGUAGGCAGUCAAACUGGAACCCUCAGCAUCUUCUCAUCCUUCAAGCCCAGUUUGCUUCCAGUUUGAGGGAGACACCAGAAGGCAAAUACAUUAUGUCGGACCUAGGCCCACAAGAACGGGUUCAUAUCUCAAAGUUUACUGGUCUUUCCAUGACCACAAUUAGCCACUGGCUGGCCAAUGUGAAGUAUCAGUUAAGGAGGACAGGUGGAACUAAAUUUUUAAAGAAUUUGGAUACAGGUCAUCCUGUUUUCUUUUGCAAUGAUUGUGCCUCUCAAUUCAGGACUGCUUCCACAUAUAUAAGUCACUUGGAGACACAUUUAGGGUUCAGUUUGAAGGAUCUGUCCAAAUUGCCCCUUAAUCAGAUACAAGAACAGCAAAAUGUUUCCAAGGUCCUCUCAAAUAAGACUUUAGGCUCACUUGGAAUUGCCGAGGAGGACUCAGGAUCCACAUUCCAGUGCAAGCUCUGUAAUCGAACUUUUGCAAGCAAGCAUGCAGUCAAACUGCACCUUAGUAAAACACAUGGGAAGUCCCCCGAGGACCAUCUGAUCUAUGUAACUGAGUUAGAAAAACAUUAGCGUCCAGGUAAGCAACCAGGUAUGCAAGUGACCACAGGAACAUUGCACUAAACUUCAUAGUACUGCACUAGGCCUGAUCUGAGCCUCUGAAAUCAGUCUUACUUUUGUUGCUGAACUGCCUAUCUGGAGCUUGGUUUUUCUUACAUACUUUUGUAGUUAUAUUUAUAUGCUCUUUGUCUGAUCUGUGCAUGUUUUUAAAACCUUUUUUUUCCCUUUCCUUCCCCCCCUUCUUUUUCUGUGAGUCAAAGUCUGACCUUUAUUUUCAACAUAUGUCCUUGAUGUUAAGCUAUCUUUUGUAGACUAUAGUGGGAGACACUAUUGAGAGACAUUAAUUUAGCCGUAAAGAAAGACACAAAGAACAAUAACAAAAAGACAUUCUAAAAUUACAAAGUUGCCAUGACAAUAAAGGUCACAGAACCCCGUAGUGUCAGUUUUUAACCCUCUGAGGACUAUAAUAGUAUUCUGUGCCUUUCCCAAAAGAAGGUGUGUGUUUUUUUCAAAAAAGGCAUUUCAUCCUAAUAUAACUGGGUCAAAUUCACUUAUAUUUAAAUGUCAAAAAGCCUUUUCCCCCCAAAAAAUGCAGUCUUGAUUUGCAAAGAAAAGAUGCAUGCCAUUCUUGAAUAAUUAUAAAAAGUGAUUAAAUGCUCAAGGAGUUAGAGAACGAUGACCCAUGUUUUAAAAAAU